UGCUUCUUACCCCUAGGCCUCAUUCUCCUUACCAUGGCUCUCUGGAUCCGGUCGCUGCCUCUCCUGGCCCUUCUCGCUCUUUCUGGCCCUGGGAUCAGCCACGCGGCUGCCAACCAGCACCUCUGUGGCUCCCACUUGGUUGAGGCUCUCUACCUGGUGUGUGGAGAGCGGGGUUUCUUCUACUCCCCCAAAACCCGACGGGACGUUGAGCAGCCUCUAGUGAGUGGUCCCCUGCAUGGUGAGGUGGGAGAGCUGCCGUUCCAACAUGAGGAAUACCAGAAAGUCAAGCGAGGCAUCGUUGAGCAAUGCUGCGAAAACCCAUGCUCCCUCUACCAACUGGAAAACUACUGCAACUAGCUGAGAGGCUGGCAGAGACACGCACUUACACUAUUGCACCUUCAAAGCAACUGAAUAAACCUUGUGGAUCUGUUGUGUCAGUUUGUGUGUCCACGGGCUGCGCUAUGUGUCCAUGGUUGGUGUGUCCAUGGUUGGU